AGCUAUUAUACAAUGCAAAGGAGUGAUAAUGUCAGGAAGAGCGGAUACCGCAGAGCUGAUACUGGAAUACUGUCCGUGGAGAAGCUUGUCGUACGUUGCAAGGCUUACGUACUCGAGUGGCCAGUUUUGUAUCGUGCACAAUGAAACCUGUUUGUUGAGCAUAUUUGUGCAGCUUAGCGCUGCGCUUGCCUUUCUGCACGAGGGAAUGGGACGCCCGACGGACUGGAACAGAAAACCUCCUGGAAAUGGCCACUGGAGAUGUAUGGUUCAUAGAGCCAUACAUCCAAGUAAUAUACUCGUAAAACACUUGGGGGACCGAGCCGACCGUGGGGAUAUUCUAGUCAAGCUUGGUGACUUUGGAAAUGCUGCAUUCUUUCUGGAGAACCCAAAUUUGCAACCGGAGGCUUUGGGAUAUCCCAUCUGUUGGCCUCCCGAGAUGCGCAAUCCCGCGUACAUAUGGACUUCCGCCCCGUAUGGACCACCUGCGGACAUCUGGGCUAUUGGGGCCGUUAUUCACCAACUCGUUCACGGAAAGUAUCCCAUCGAAAGUGUUCCGGAUAUCAUCAGAAGGUUGGACCAGAACGGUCCAAUGAGCCGCUACUGGCAUAUCGUUGGCCUACUUGGCCGAUCGGGCGGCGUUAUCUUUACUGCCAGAUCGUUGCGGAAAGGAUAGUCACUCCAGUACAUCAGCAGCCAC